CACCAAACCAGCCAGCCAGACCUUUCUCAUUCCUUUCUCUCCCACAUACCGCUGGCCUGCACAAAAGGCACUUGCUCGAUUCUCUUCACUUGCGUCUUUCGCUGCUCCGUUGAGCUCUUCCCAAAAAAUUACAUUCCGCUUUGCGCACAACCUUGGUUUCCUAGGCGCCCAGUCAUGGCGGUAGCAGAUGCGCCAGGCGCGUCCUUUAUGGGCGUGCCAAUGAAGCACAUCUCCCUCAUCACACUCACUUUCCAAAAUUCGGCCCUCAUACUGAUUCUUCACUACUCGCGGACAAUGCCCCUUGUUAAUGGGCAUCGAUACUUUACGUCCACGGCCGUCUUCCUCAACGAGGUUGUAAAGCUAGCCGUCUCCCUAACGAUCGCCCUGUAUGAUAUAUCGCGAACCCUACCUCCCUCUACUCCGGCGACGGUCCUUUUCGAACAGUUAUACAUGUCUGUGUUCUCCGGCGACGGGUGGAAAUUGGCUAUCCCGGCAGCGCUGUACACUCUCCAGAAUUCUCUUCAGUACAUAGCAGUCAGCAAUUUAGAUGCGGUGCAUUUCCAGGUUCUAUACCAACUUAAGAUUCUUACAGCAGCUCUCUUCAGUGUUACUAUGCUUGGCAGGUCACUUUCGUCCAGAAAGUGGAUAGCACUCAUACUUCUGACAUUCGGAGUUGCGAUCGUACAAUUACCUGUGAACGACCCAAGCACAUAUUUGCCUCUCAAUGACGAGCAAUCUCGAUUCUAUUUCCCUCGAUCUUUCCACGAGUUAGGCCAACUCACUAAUGGGGCUGCGGAGGCAGCAAGUGAGCUAACGAAACGCGGGGUAGAGGGGUUCGCAGAAUACCUUACGAAGCGGUCUGCUACAUAUGAGGGUAUUCAAGAGGAUCUAGGGCUGGUCAAACCGGUCAUGAAUUACUCGAUUGGGCUCACGGCAGUCUUGGUUGCGGCCACGACAUCCGGCUUGACAGGAGUAUAUUUCGAGAAAGUGCUGAAGGAUUCCAACACACAUGUCACAGUCUGGACUCGAAACGUACAACUUUCGUUCUACUCCUUGUUCCCGGCUCUGAUCAUCGGCGUCAUCUUCAAAGAUGGUGAAGAGAUAGCCCAGAACGGGUUCUUUGAUGGUUACAAUUGGGUAGUCUGGACCGCUAUAAUCUUCCAGGCCGUGGGAGGAGUGCUAGUUGCUAUGUGCAUCAAGUAUGCUGAUAAUAUUGCUAAGAACUUUGCAACUAGUAUUAGCAUUAUCAUUAGCUUUCUUUUCAGCGUUGUGUUCUUUGACUUCCAAGUCACCUUGAACUUUAUAUUUGGCACUGCUGUUGUCAUCUUCGCAACAUAUCUCUACAGUGGGCCGGACCGCAAACGAAAUCGACCUCCCCCUAUCAACAUUGCCAGCUAUGAAAAGACAACCAUUGACAAUGGAUUCACACCAAGAGAGGAGAGGCCGCCAAGGCUGCCCAUAGAUCCCCUCGAGAGCGUCAAAUCUGCCGGCUUGUCUACGUCGAGGCCAAGCUCGCCGAUGAGACAUCAUUCAAGAGUCGGAUCAUCGAGAGGUAAAGUGAAGAGAGACGAUUAACGUGGUUGGCGUUGAAUAUGAUGGUAUGGGACAGGUGGGCGGGUGUUCGGGCACCUUGUAAAAAAAAAGCGAGGAGUUAUCAUCUACAUGACCUGGGAGAGUUUUCAUGUAGCUUGCUGUGGGCAUGAUAUGGCGUUUAUGGAUGGUGGGCUCAGGAGGCGGCUGUCCCGGUAGAUCAUGUCACAUCACGUGACUGGCAGAGGAAAAAAGGGGGUUCAAAGAAGUUCGGACAUCCCUUUGGAUCCUCAAUUUCUCUGCAAAAAUGGAUUUGGAAUUUGUCUACAAUCACGCCAUAUUUCAAGGUCUCCGUAUAUCGUUCUAGAUCCAAUGGUCGUUCGAGUUAGAGCGAGGAGUACGGAGUCAGAUAAAAGAAAGCUUCGAACUGCGAUCAGCUUUCUUUCCUUUCUUUUUCCUUUUUCUUCCCUCUUAUGCUGGGAAUCUGCAGCAG